AUGAAAAGCAUACUUUUUAUUUUCUCUACUACAAUUGUCUCUUUCGUGACAUCAAUCCCUUCUGAAAUCAAGGAACUUAGACAGAAGUUGGACGAGGCAUUCGACAAGGACGACAUGGUCCACAACAAGCUUCAUGAGAUAGAAGUAAAACUAAUAAUACUGGCUGUGGACCUGAAUAGAUAUAAACGCAGUGCCUCCGGCAACUAUAGCACUGCCAUUGUCAGCACCGGUACCAGUGUCGUCAGCGUAGGCGAUAAGGCCCUGGUAGCUACUACUGCUGAUAGCACUGCCGUUGUUAUUGACGUUGAAGACGCAGUUGAGACUAAAAUGCUUGAGGCGAUCAAAAUGUUGGAGUCUGAAAAGGCGAGGCUGAAAGCAAAGCUGUGUAAGCUGGAGAAGAAGAAGAAUAGGUUGAAGAGGACACUGAGGGCCAAGUCGUUAUCAGUUUUUAAAACGUCAAUAGCACUAGGUGCGAUCAUCUGGUCUACUGGCUACUUGGGCGUGAUAAUUCUAUUCAUGAUAUCUCCAGAUGGCCACGACGGCAGAGAUUUACGACUACACAACGUGUACAAAAGUAUACUGGGCUUUACCGCAGGAAUGUUCAUACAAAUAUUUAAAUCAUACUACGAACUAGACGCAGAAUAG